AUGCUAUUGGGCACUCUUCGUAUAGCUGCGACUAAAGCUUCAAUCGCAUCCCAAGCGAAAUCCAUUUCUGUUCCGAAACCGAAGAGAAGAAGAUUAUCUGAUAGUGCCACCCAACUUAAUGAUGACCGAGCAUGCGAUGAGGAUAUCACGUCGGGCGCGAAGCUGUCGACAGCUUCCGGUUCCGACCUUCGACGAUUGAAGCGGAUUACGACAACAGACCUGGAGCGACGUGAGAAACGUCUUGCACUGAAGGAACAAAAUCUUAGGGACCGAAUGAAUGAACUUGACGAGCGGAUCCAGUCCCUUUCUAAAAAGGAGGACCAGACGUCCCAGAUUAUAUCACAAAUCGCAGAACGGGAAGCUCAGUCGAUACUAAGACAACUCGAAGAACAUUUCACGUGUGCACUAUGCUACGAAAUUCUUGCAUCUCCUUAUUCGUUGACCCCGUCUCAUUGUGGCCACACAUUCUGCGGUCUCUGCAUUCUUAAAUGGUUCUUUUCCCGCUUACAUCGCGUAUGCGGACUUUGGCACGAAUCUGUCGAUUGCCCAAUAUGCCGCAGUGUCCUAACCCCUACACCCGAACGCAUCCCUCGCUUACAAUCGACAUUCCCGUUUGUUCCUAAUCGUGUUACCGCGUCGGUCGUCGAGUCUCUUGUCGAGAAGCUCAUCAAUCCGCCGCUAUAUUCGCAAGCAAAUGUAAAGAAAGAAGAAAUAGAAAGCACGUGGGGAUCACAAUCGAGAAAGCAUCGCGGCAGAGGAUGUGUUCGGAAGAGGGAACCAUCGGAAGAAAAGGAUUCUGAAAAGGUCUCGGAUACCUUGGACGUGAUUGCCUGGAGAGAGGGUGGACACUUAAGGACGGAGUGGCUUAAAAAGGAUAGAGAAGGCAAGAAAGAAAUGGCCUACAUAUUGAACCAUUGGAGCACGAUGGGAUCGCAAGAUUUCAUUAACAUGAAGCAGAAACUCGGCGUUUAG